AUGUCUUCUGCACCGCAGAACAAAGUCUCGUCGUCCGGCAUAGUCGUUGAUGCCGUGACUGGCGAACGACGCGUUCCAUCCUCUAUGCGCGCAGACGGCUCUAUGCGCAAAGAAAUCCGCAUUCGUCCCGGGUACCGCCCUCCAGAAGAUAUCGAAGUCUACAAGAACCCGGCUGCAGAGGCCUGGAAGAAGCGCGGCUCGUUCGUCCCCGGUGCAGAAGGUCUCAAGGAUAGCCCGCAGCCGAAGAGUGGAACGCCUGUCAGCAACAAGAACGCCAAGAGAAGAGAGGCGAAGAAGAGAGCCAAAGCAGCAGGUGCUGGCGAGGAUAACGCAGCGUCAGCGACAGACCAGAAAGACGUGACGAGCGCCGCUCAGACCAACGGUGACAAGACGAAAGAGGAGCAGCCUGCCGUCGACCCAGAAGCAGAGAAGGAGAAGAAGGUCCGCAACCUGAGGAAGAAGCUCAGACAGGCACGAGAACUACGGGACAAGAAGGAUAAGGGCGAGUCUCUACUCCCAGAGCAACUGGAGAAAGUGAUCAAGAUCAACGAGAUCAUCCGCCAGUUGGAAUCUUUAGGCUUUGACGCGGACGAGGAGAAGAAAGCCUCCGUCGAGGGAUAG